UCCCCGCGGGUUCUCGUUGGAGGCCGCUGCUGUGGUAACGCGGAGGUUUGGGGCGCGGCGCGGGCGGCCCGCGGCGGGGCUGGGGCCGAGCCCUGGAUCAGCGCGAGGGCACAGCCAUAACCUGCUUAACGCAGGCGGAGCGGGGGUUAGCUGCCCCGUUCCAGCUUUGACCGCUGUCAGCUGUGUGCUGCUGCCGCGCGGGGAGUUCCCGGGAGCAUCCUGUGGAAGCAGCGCUGUCAGGAAGCGCCUCUGCAGCCGCGUGCUCUAGCUGCUGAGACCGCAGCGUUAGCAUCGAGCUGCUUUGCUCCCUUGUUAACCUUAGCCUUUUUAAGAAGGAGUGGUACUGAGCAAACGUCUGAACGAGUCUAGGGUUGUGCUUUAAGAAAACUGACAAAUAGCUGCCAGGAUGUUUCUCCGAUUACUGUCAGAUGUCCGGUGGCGGGCAGCUAACCCGAGAUGGAGAAGAAUGACGUGCUCCCGGCGAAGUACCUCAAGUACAGCAGAACCUCAUCCAAUUUCCUUGCCAGCACAGGCGCAGGUUGUCAUCUGUGGUGGUGGAAUCAUGGGCACAUCAGUGGCAUAUCACCUUUCCAAGCUGGGUUGGAAGGAUAUAGUCUUACUUGAGCAGGGCAGAUUGGCUGCUGGGACUACGCGAUUUUGUGCUGGCAUUGUGAGCACAGCCAGGCCGGUGGCCAUAGAGCUCAAGAUGGCAGACUACUCCAACAAGCUGUAUCAGCAGCUGGAACAAGAGACAGGAAUAAAAACAGGGUACAUGAAGACAGGCUCUAUUUCACUGGCUCAGACUCAGGAUCGACUAAUCUCUCUGAAACGCAUUGCUUCAUCGCUGAAUGUAAUGGGAAUACCUUGCGAAAUUAUCACCCCGAAGCAAGUGGCACAGUUCCACCCACUUAUCAACAUUCAUGACCUUGUGGGGGCCAUGUAUGUGCCAGGAGAUGCACUUGUGUCAUCUGCCGAUGUGAGUCUGGCUCUGGCAACUGCUGCCUCGUGGAAUGGUGUCCAGAUUCAUGAACGGACGAGUGUCAGUCAUGUCUUGGUCCAGAAGGGUCGUGUGACCGGAGUUGAGACUGACAGAGGACAUAUUUCCUGCCAAUACUUUGUCAACUGUGCUGGCCAGUGGGCCUAUGAGCUGGGCCUCUCUGGGGAGGAACAUGUCAGUAUCCCAGUCCAUGCCUGUGAACACUUCUACCUCCUGACAUAUCCUUUAAAGGAACCUCUAGCAAGCAGCAUACCAACUAUUAUAGACCCGGAUGGCAGGAUCUACAUACGCAACUGGCAAGGUGGCAUCCUCUCAGGAGGCUUUGAGAAAAACCCCAAACCUCUCUUCACAGAGGGACGGAACCAGCUGGAGAUUCAGAACCUCCAGGAAGACUGGGAUCAUUUUGAGCCACUUCUGAGUGCCCUUCUGCGCAGGAUGCCAGGUUUGGAGGCUUUGCAGAUCAUGCAGUUAGUGAAUUGCCCAGAAACCUUCACACCAGAUAUGCGGUGCAUCAUGGGAGAGUCGCCCACUGUGCGGGGCUACUUCGUUCUGACUGGAAUGAACUCAGCUGGUAUCUCAUAUGGUGGGGGAGCAGGCAAGUUCCUGGCAGAGUGGAUGGUAAAUGGUUAUCCAUCAGAAAAUGUUUGGCCUCUGGAUUUGAAACGUUUUGGUACUCUUCAGAGUAGUCGCACGUUCCUCCGUCACCGUGUGAUGGAAGUAAUGCCUCUCAUUUGUGAUCUGAAAGUUCCCCGUUGGGACUUCCAGACUGGCAGGCAGCUGCGCACUUCACCGUUAUAUGACCGUCUGGAUGCACAGGGAGCUAGAUGGAUGGAGAAACAUGGAUUUGAGAGAGUCAAGUAUUUUGUCCCACCUGGGAAAGAUCUACUGGAUUUGGAUCAGAGCAAAACCUUUUACAAACCAGAUUGGUUUGAUAUUGUGGGUUCAGAAGUCAAGUGCUGUAAGGAAGCAGUUUGUGUCAUUGACAUGUCAUCUUUUACUAAGUUUGAAAUAAGCUCCACAGGAGACCAGGCACUGGAGAGUCUGCAGUAUCUCUUCUCAAAUGACCUGGAUGUGCCAGUUGGGCAUGUUGUGCAUACAGGCAUGCUUAACGAGAAAGGAGGUUAUGAGAACGAUUGCAGCAUAGCACGGCUGAACAAACGCAGUUUCUUCAUGAUUUCCCCUACUGACCAACAAGUCCAUUGCUGGUCCUGGUUGAAGAAUCGCUUGCCCAACGACAGCAACCUGACCAUGGAAGAUGUGACCUGGAAGUACACGGCUCUCAAUCUGAUCGGCCCUCGUGCUGUGGAUGUCUUGUCAGAGUUGUCAUAUGCCCCAAUAACUCCAGAACACUUUCCCUCUCUCUUUUGCAAGGAGAUGAGUGUGGGCUAUGCUAAUGGAAUCCGCGUGAUGAGUAUCACUCACACAGGAGAGCCUGGAUUCAUGCUGUAUAUCCCUAUAGAGUACGCCCUUCACGUGUACAAUGAGGUGAUGAACAUGGGACAGAAGUAUGGGAUUCGGAAUGCCGGUUAUUAUGCGCUCCGCAGCCUUCGCAUCGAGAAGUUCUUUGCGUUCUGGGGCCAGGAUCUGGAUGCCUUCACCACUCCCAUGGAGUGUGGACGUGAGUUCCAGGUCAAGCUGGAAAAGGACAUGGAGUUCAUUGGCCAGGAAGCAUUGUUAGAGCAGAAGCAGAAUGGUGUGUACAAGCGCUUUACCAUGUUCAUUCUUGAGGACCAUGACACAGAUAUGGACCUCUGGCCCUGGUGGGGGGAGCCCAUUUUCCGCAACGGCCGCUACGUGGGCAAGACCACCAGCAGUGCCUACAGCUACACUCUGGAGCGCCAUGUCUGCCUUGGCUUUGUGCAGCACUUCGAUGAGAAGACAGGAGAAGAGCUGGUGGUGACAACUGACUUCAUCAACCAUGGCGAGUACGAGAUCGACAUUGCUGGACAGCGCUUCCAGGCCAAAGCCAAGCUCUACCCCUUCAGCUCCCUCUUUACGCACCGUCGCCGCAAGGAUGAGAUGGAACUGAGUGGCUACCAGGGGGAGUAAUGCUGACUCGACCCACUCCUUUUCCCAAGCUGGAGUCUUCUGCCAUCAUCUUUCAAUUCCUCUCCUCAUCCCAUAUUUCUUUCAUCUCCUUUUUUGUCUUGCAAUUUUUAAACUUUUCCAGUGUGUUACAUUUUGUACAUUUUAGAACUUUUAAUUUUUAAGCUUUCUCAGCCCUUUGCCCUGUCUCCCUCCUUCAGCCCUUCGCUUGCCAGGCUCCCCCGUGCCCCAGUGGAUGAAGGGCAGUGUUGAGCAUGCACCCAGAAGUCUACGGGAGCAUACAGUGGGAAGCCUGCGUAGGAGUGAACACCAGAGGCCCUAGCCUUACGGUGAUGGGAAGGGUUCAGGUGAACGCCUGAGGACUGUGCCCUUUCUGUCUCCUCUCUGGUGGAAGGCACGGAACAGCAGGCAUUUGCGGCCUGUAGUUCGGGUUUCCUGUCCCCUUGGCUGAACUCUGUGUGACUUCGCCUUGCUCUCCACAUACCACUUUGUAGAGGGGUCAGUGCAUUGACACACACAGCAAUAGAACGAUCAGCUACCUCACUGGCACGAGACAUAGCGUUGUGUGAGCAGCAGCAAAGAGACAGGUCUUGGUACGUUCCAGCCCACCGUUUUUUCGCUAACAGGGAGUCAAAUAGCGUUAAUCAUCAGAUCAUUGAGGUGACAGUAGUGCUGGUAAGUUUUCUUGUUGUUACAGUUCAGAUUGGUUUUUUUUUGUGUGGAGUCACUGAAACUGAAUGGCUUUCUAUAAACAUAAUUGAAGAUCAGCAUACGUGUUUUACUUCUAUAAGGGGAUGGGAUUUCUGGAGUUUUUAUUAGCAGAAAAACUUAUUUCUAACAAGGACAGAUGUUAGUCUUCAAUGUUAAUCGCGCUGUGGAAACGCCGUUUCUGUUUCAGCUGCACGGUGUACAGUCUCUUUGUGGAUUCUCUUUCACGGUCUUGUGUUUAUGUGACUCGGUCAAGCCCGUCUGGCAAGGUUCAUGCAGCAAACGCACGUUUCAUAUAAAACUUGUGUUAGUUUGGGGAACUUGAGCAGCAGGAGGGAACAACAUCUUGUGUUUUCAGCUGACAGUGGCUGUUUUGAAAUUAGAGCAAGAGACCCAGCAUUUGUCUCGCCUGUGGCAAGAAACACUGUGCUUUUUCUGGGGAUGAGAGAGCAUCUCAGUAACUUCUGCAGGACUUGAGGAAAUUGUCCCCUGUUUCUCCCCUCAAAUCUGUCACACUUCUUAUUUCUCUGUCUUGGUAAUACCUCACCUGAAUGGAGUAAGUUUAUGUGCCAGGCCCCGCGUAUAGAAGCAGGAUUUUAAAUUGCUUUUCUUCAGCAAAGCUCUUUGCCAUCAGGCUCACAGAGAUGCUUCAGACUGUACAGUUGGUAUUCACCCCUUCUCCAAGUGUCAAAAUAUGCCCUGAUUGAAACACUGAUGACAAAUGGCAAAGAAGUGGUGGGGGAGAAGCCAAAUUGUAUUGCACAGAUUUACCUCUCUUUUUUUCUUUUCCCUGUGAGUGCAAUCAAAAGCAAAGAUUGUCUUUAUUUACUUGAAAGAGAUCUUUUGAACAUUUUUCCCUGCCUCUGGCACCUGCUUAUUCUUCAGGCUUUCUCCUCCUGUCAUAGCUAACAUCUUUCUGACUAGAGUUCAACCUUGCACUGAUGUCUGCCCCGUCAGCUACAUGAGCUCUUUCCUCUGUGAUCUAGGGCCUUUUGGGGGCAUUUCCUUUUCCACUGAAUGGGUGAGCAUCAGUAAGGUAAAUGUGAGCAGACCCGUGCCCAAGACAUUGCCAGAUUCUUGUUGUAUAAAGUUAGUUUUCUACUGUUUUAGUUGCUUCAGAUUAUGCUUUGAGUUGAGUCUUUGAUCUGCCAGUAUGCCGUGCUUAUGAGCUAGAUGUUCUCAGCAUACCAAGGGGGUUGGAUGGCUUUAAAGGCAGAAGAGGUGAAAGUCCAAAACCUUUGCGCAUUGCAAUAGGUUGUCAGAGCAAGCUCCCCAUGCAGCCUGAUACAGAAGCUGUGAAACCUAGGAAUGGAGAACUGGGAAGGGGGCGUAAGAUGAAGAGAGAAUUAAGGAUUCAAGCAUGUGGUGACAGGAGAUGUAAUAUGUUGACCAUGGAUGUCACCUCUUUGAGCAUGCUCUCUUUUGUAAAUAGUGGAUUCCUGUGUAGUGUGUGUCAUCUUUAAGGAUUUCAAAGUUGUUUUUGAACUGAUUUGUAAAAAUUCCCCUGCCUUUGAAAUGCAGUGACUAUAGCAGGAUAAGCUGGUUGAGAUCUCACGGGAAAGGGGCGACCACGUGACCAUGGAAGGUGGAGAUGCAGCUUGAUUGCCGUUUCUUCCAAAUUUCUCUGUUACUGCUGUCUGAAUUGAAUUUUUGCCUGGCAUAUCAGGAUUAAUGCCCUGUUUAAACUAAAGCCUCAUAAGGCAUCUAAGAGCAAGUUAAAAUCCAGAAUUAAUUUUUUCCUCUCCUUCCUGUUAGAUGUUAUAAUCCCACUAUUUCCAUCCUGGGUAUGUGUACCAAAGAGGGCCUCUGCUCUACCAGCAAGUGAUGUGGGAAUGAUGCACGAGGUCUCUCAAAAAUACUCGUCGAUUCUCUCCUUUCUCUGCUUGUUACAUGGGACAGUGCUGUGCCUUCCUUACCAGGGAAAGAGGUGAUAGACCAAAGAAAGAGUUUUAUACUCUUUUAGGAUGUAUCUUAGAACAGCCCUUCAGAUUAGAGUUUAUUGGUCAUUUUUUGUCACUGGUGAGGCAUGGUAGUUCUUCGGGAGAAAACAAAGCGUAUAUCUGAGGUGGACUAACCUACUUAAUGCAGCUACUGGAGAGAAAUCUUAGCUUAAACUGUUCAGUUUGUUCUCUGGAGGGUUAUGACUAGUUAAGACAAAACCGAGAAGUUAGCAGCAUGUUGUCCCAUAACAACCAUCCGUUCUUGAAGUACCUUUUAAAACUCCUUGUUUUUCCUAAUUUAUGGGUGCCUAUUAGUUCUUCGCAUAACUCAUGUAAUGUUACAUCCCUCCCUAAGCUGUCGUAUUUUGUCGAUUCCUUGAGUGGGUGCUGAGGGUCUUGAGUAAAAUCUGGAUUAGAGAAGGACUUUAUUGUUUGUAUUUAAUGAUCUGAGGAUAAAAUUAAAGCCAUCUAUUUAGGAAUGAUGUUUUCUGUUUCAGGAAGGUGUAUUACAGUGAUUCUCGCAUCUAACUUUGCCAGACUUAGUUUCUUCAUGUUUUCUCUGUGCCGACUCCCAGUGUGCAGAUUUUAUAUGCCUUAGGGUGCAGUUUCCUUUUUUUAUUUUGUGGCAAGGGGGGAAGGUUAUGCAAUACUUCCACUUCAUCUCAAAGUCUUAGCGCAAGCUUGGAUUCCUCCUUCCCACUGUAGCGUUCAAGCUGUCUUAGCCCUCGUUGCUUUUCCUGUAACACCUAAUUGCAGCCAUCACUGCUGUAAAUCCUCUUGUGAGCAAGGUUCCCCUCUUCAUUCUACCUAGCGCUUCAUCAUCUGAGCCAGGUGUGCUCUAAAUCUGUCUCUCUGUGUCAAGUUGAAGCUCUUCAGCUUUUGGAUGCUGCAGACACCAGUGUCCUGACUCCCAUGUGGAUUUGUGGCUGCUGUCACCUGUUCCAGCAGCCCCUGCUCCGAGCUGCUUUACCCUGCAAACCUCUUCCCCGGUGCCUGCAGAACUCAUUGUGUGGGAAACUGGACUGAGACCUGGUCGAGGUGAAAAGUUACCUGGGAAUUCUUUUAAUCAUAUCAGUUGCUUGGUUCAGUCCACCAUGCAGCCUCUCCAGCUGUGCAGGCACAACAAAAGAGGCAUCUCGGGUGCCAAAAAGAGAUCUUUUUAACAGCCUCAACGUUUUCCUUCUGUUCCCUUCCCCUCCUGUGGUAUAGGCCGUGCUUCCGUUGUUCAGCCCUUCCUUCUCCUGUGCUGGUGUUUCCCUGCUGUCCUCAACGCCUUUCUGAUGUCCUUCCUCUGCCAGCUGAGCACAUUGAUUCCUUUUGCCUCUCUGAGAGCAGGGCACCGCCAAGUAGAAGCAGGCAGGGGGAUGGAAACCAGAUGAGGUGAGAUGGAAGGAGAGGUAUGAUUGCAGUUGCAUCCUUUGUCCAUUGCUCAUCCUCAACCACUUAAGACCAGUCUUGGAGAGAUUACCAGCCACGAUUUCCAGCUCAGGGAGCAUGUUUCUCUGCAAGGCCCUGCAGUCUUAGUGCUGGACGCACACUGAGCGAUAGCUAUGACUACAGACAGAAUGAGGACAGUGUUAUCUAGGAAAUAAGAAUGGCAGUGGUGCUUGUUUUCCAGCUUAAGUUUCCCUCUAUCGCUUUUCAUUCAGAUGAAAGUAAUCAUGCCAAACUGGAGGUAGUGGUGAGUUUGUGCAGUAGAUUGCUUGAAAGCACUUGUCUCUGGCACAUUCUUGCAAGUAGUGUCUUAACUGCAAAGGUACAACAUCGACAGUUGCGUAGCCUUCACCUUCCAUCCCACUUUAACCAAAAUGUCUGCUUUUUGUGAAGAAAUCUGCAAACAAGGUAGUGUCCGUGUUUGAAAAAGAAAGUUGCUUGCAAACACGUAAGUCUGUCUUAUUUUAAAACAGAAUGCUUAGCCACUGGUAAAGUUGAGCAAAAAGUUCACAAUCUUCAGAUUUGUCCUAGCACGUGAUUUUAUUAUAGUAGCUGGUCAGGUUAAUUUUAGACCAGUUUGGGAUGUAUUUCUGUUUUAAACUACCUUUUCCUUAAGCUAUUGCUAAGGUUUAAAGAAAAAAACAAAACAAAACAUGGAGGUAGGGAGCAGGGCUGGGGAGGAGGGGGUGAAUGUCAUCAGAACACUUCAAGAUGUCUCUAAAAGGCAUUUGGAAAUUUUCCUUGCACUUUAAACUUUUCUUAAACAUUGUAAUUGUAGUGUGCUUAUAAUCCUCAGCAAGACUAGUCUUUGCAUUUGAGGGAGGAAGAACUUUAAAUAUUUGUAAAUACCUUAAAGCUUAGGUUAGGUUAGGUUGUGCACUGAUCGUGUGUGCCAUUUGAUUUCUUACUGAAGGUCUGUAUUUUGAACGUACAGAGCAGAUACAAAUGUCAGCGGAUAUUUUUGAGGAAACACUGGGGAGAGUGGAAGCUAAUUUUCUAGUACAUUGCUCAUCUGCAGAUUGGAAUUUGUCUUGACCUGAAAUAAAUCAGUUGGGAGACCCUGUUUAAAUGCACCAUUUCUGUCCUGUGCAGCUGUUUGUGUUGACACGUUCCCUUUUUUCCAGAAAUGUAUUUAUUCAGUAUAUUGCUCAUGCCGUAAUGGGUUUUAUUCUUUGUUUAAAGGAAGAAGCCCUGGUUGGUUUAGAAUCUGAGUAUCUCCUUGCAUUUAAGGAAACAAAAUUCUCUGCUUGAAUGCUUUCUUUAGCUAACAUUUGCAGACCUGAGUCAGGAUAUGUGGGAGCUAAGGCUUUUUCAGCAGUGGGGAUCUUUUUGUGUUGCCCUUGGUGUUUGUUCAGAUGACUCUGAGGCUUCUUAUCUCCUGUUUGUUUUAAAGCUCUUUUGUAUGGCUAAUGUCAGGUUUGCUUCUGAGUGACAGUAUAAAACAUACCACUUCUUUGCGGGUGUGACAAGCUCAGCUUUGUUCCAGAAGUGUCGCCUAUUCAAAAUAAGGUAUCUUCAGGAAGAGGAGUGGGCAAUUGUAAUGAAAGAGGCACUUGAGAAAGGUGUUCACAUUCACAUGUAUUAAUUUGUUCGCACUGAUAACAGUUGAUCUUCCCACACAAAUGCUUGAUGGCUGCUUCUGCGACAAGUUUAGUAGUUACUCGGAGUUGUCACUAGUGAAUGAUUUCAUUUUGUGUCUACAAAGGAAAAUCCUAAACUUUAGCCUUUCUCUGUGGCACGGUUGGGAUUUCUUCCAUGCUACAAAUAGUUUUCCCUACAUAAGGCCCAAGUCUGGCUUUCCCAGAGUAGGACAAGUUACAGUUAUACCUUUGUAUCUACAGCAGCAGGGUAAUCUGAGAAAGAUUAAUUUCCCUGAAGUCGUUAACUGAUUCUUUUGCAUCUCUCGUGGUCAGAAUUAUAGCAGAGUGGGUACUUGAUCAUAUAGGAUCUUCUGCAAGACACAUGCCGUGAGCUGCACUGGGGGAAGCAAGCGUGCUUCUGUUACUGAGCGUGCUGCCUCCCGGUCAGCUGAGUGACGGUAACAUUUUGUGGCUCUUUGCUAACAGUUUGGGAAAAGCCCUUUUAGCAAGAUGUGGCCCAGAUCAGUUCCUUGCUGCUCUUGAUAAGACAAUGCGCUUGCUUUUGCCACUUUCUGUUCUAUUCCUGGCUGUGCAUGUGUGACAGCUCCCACUGCCACCGACGCUGGUUUUAGAGGAGACCCGAGUUAGGUGGGAGAAGUGCUUCCCGUUCUUUGACAGAUGUCCAGUGCAGGAUGUUGGUCUGCUGAGCAGAGACUGCCAUCUUGCGAACGGCAUGCAGUACUGGACAUCCCUUCUCAGCUGAUACUUUAUUUGAGUAUCAGAUGCACCUUCAUUUUGUUUGCCCAAAGUCCCUUCAUGCUUUUAGCAGUCUCCUGAGAACCGAUGUUAAAGGGCUGGGAGGACUUCUGAAAUAUUCUACAGCCUAAACUUGAAGAACAAAUGUAGUUUGAACCUGUGAAAAUAUUUUCUAGUGCCUUAUGCUUGUGAAUGUUGUGCAAUUGAUGUAACUGAGAUGGGACAGAGCAAGGAACAACUUCAGUAACAUGAUUCCCCAUCCACUACAAACAUCUCCCUCUCCCCUUGCAGGGUCUCAGCAAGCAAACACCAACAGAUCAUUUUGAGCAGUACAGUGAUGGUUUUUAAACUGUUUGAACUUUGGGAUUGAAGAAAUGUUAAAGUGUACAAUAUUGUGCCGCGUAGUCUGCCCUUGUGAGGAGCAGUAGCCUUACUUCUGUUGAGGGGUUUAUGGAGAGACAGAAGCUGCUGUGAUUUUUGGGAGGGGACAUGGACAAUUGUUCCCAAGCGCACAAAUAAGGGUGAGCUUGCUGCUGUCCACUGAGGCCAUGUUAUUAUGUAUGCUGUAUUUAUAUCAUGCUUUAUUUCAUUUAAUAUUUUUGGUUGGCUUCAAUGUUGCUAGGUUUGUAUAUUAAUAAAGAGGCAUUUUAACUACUCUU